AUGGCGGCGUAUGCGUCCUCACCAUCAUUUGGGAGUCAGACCACUGCGGCCUCCGCCAGCUCAAUCCCAUCCACGCGGGCGAGUUGGUCCGACACGAGAGACACCACCCCGGGUUCUGCCUCUGAAAGGGUAUUCGCACACAUCAAAGAUAUCAUUUACGAUGCUACGACUUCCAUCGAACCAGACGACUCGCUAGGCCAUUACCUUACUGAGGUUGAGACCUCUCUUGCAACCGCAAGGAGUUCGGUCGACUUUCGGCGGCCUGACGUAGCGUACAAGAACUACCUUCGCGCAUACGAGAUCGCGGUUCAGCGCAUACCCAGACACAGAGACUAUGGCUUCUGGGAUAAUAACCCCUCUUGGAGCUCGAAAUACAAAGCUACCUUACGGAAAAUCAACGACCUGUCCGACCAAAUGGCACAGGUUAGAGAAGCUAUUGAAGACAACAAUCGACGGUAUGGUACACAGCAAAGGUCGGUCUUGAGGAAGCCAGUCUACUCUACGGACUUUGGAGUGCCUUCGACAAUGUCGCCUGGCGCAGGUAGACCUUCUUCUUCUGGCAAGCCAAACGGCCCUGAUGCUCGGCAGACAGACUCACCCCGGCCUGCUGAGCUUCCUGAUGCGCUGCGCAUAGAUCGGGCACGGCCAUCAAACAAGCCACCGAAACCAGAAAGUCUUCAGGGACGUCCGCUAAGCGAACAAUCUAACGACUUGAGCCAGCGUUUUGCUCGUCUGAGAGGGCCCGGAAGCUCUCAAGAAGCUGGGCAUAUUCUCUCCAUGCCGAACCCGAGUGAUUUUCAACCGGGAGCUGGCACCGCCCCUCGACCGCAGUCAUACUCCCCUUAUGCAACCCCCAAAGCCAACGGUGUUUCCAGUCACCGAAUCAACGGACCUCGAGACAUGCCAGGAAUCGGGAGCGUGCCCUCCAUUCCACCCAAGGUGCCAUUGACCACCAACAUGGUCAUGCCGAAGCCCCCGAGUCCGACAUACAGUCCGAUAACGACAACACCUAUUGCUCCUCAUGUUAACGGCGGCCGUUUACCUACCGAAGGUGGUCGUCCGCCCAACGAAAGGAAACAAACGUACUACAAUCAGUCGCAGAACUCAUCUACGACUUCCUUGCACAUUCAAAGGACUCGCGACGAGAUCUUGUCUCCUUAUAGGCCGACCACUCCGAAUGGAAUAAAUUCAGCCAUUUUCUUGAAGAGCAGUUCAAGCGAGAUACCGCACAGACCCUCGAUAGAUGCACCAACUCUGCUCGAGUAUAUGAAGAAAUAUAAUGUUCUCCUUGUUGAUAUCCGAGAAAGGGUGCUUUUCGACGACGGACAUAUCAUGUCGAGCUCGAUCAUAUGCAUCGAACCCAUCUCGCUCAAGGAAGGAGUUUCUGCAGAAGAACUGGAGGAUCGGCUUGUUCUAGCCCCUGAUAUGGAACAAACCCAUUUCUCUAGGAGAAACGAGUUCGAUAUUGUCGUCUAUUAUGAUCAAGAUACCAGCGACAUCUCCUAUCUGAAAGGGCCGCCGUCUAUGACGAGAGCUCCAGCUCUUCGAGCGCUUUACGACACACUUUAUGAAUUCAACGACACGAAGCCUCUGAAAGAUGGACGUCCACCUGCUUUGCUAGCAGGUGGUCUUGAUGCAUGGAUCGACCUCAUGGGAGCCCAAUCACUAGCACGUUCAAAAACUGCCGCCAUGCUGGGCACGAUUCAACGACGGCGAGCUGUUGGUCCUGGCCGGCCUAUUGCUCGACAGCGCCUGGUUUCGGCAAAUUCCCGUUACGAAGUGCGUAAUAGGCGUCUUCGUGACCACAAGUUUCUUGAUGAGAGCGAGCAAGAAGCGUGGCGACAGCAAGCAAUGCAGGAGGAGGUUGCUCCCGCCGAGAAAUCCGAGCUCGCAAGCGAUGAGGAAUAUCCCACAGGAGACGAAGAACCACCAGCUGAAUCUCCAUUUGUGCCUGAUUAUGAGACGUUCCUCCGUCGCUUCCCGUCCAUCAAGCAGCAGGAAUCAAUGAUAAUGCCCGCGCGGCGAGCAUUGCCGUCUCAUCCUACUGCAUACCUGCACCAGCCCGUUGCGCCUGUACCUCAAGUUCCAACAAGGCCGCCUCCAGCGAUACCACGACCGAGUUACUCAGGACAAGCCGACAUCAAUGCGCCUCAGCCAUCGCUGGCAAGGGUCACUUCGGCAAGCCGACCUCCGUUGUACUCCUCCGCAACCUCGGUGAGAGGUAAGCGUCUCCCGAAGACCGGACUAACCAAUUUCGGCGUUACCUGUUAUAUGAACUCGACACUGCAAUGCCUGUCUGCCACUAUUCCAUUAUCGGCCUUUUUCAAUGACAGGAUGUAUGAAGCGUAUGUUCAGCGAAAUUGGAAGGGCAGCAACGGUAUCAUGCCCAAACUCUAUGCGAAUCUGAUCCAAGCUGUAUGGCAAGGCGACAAUGAAGUCAUCAAGCCGUCCACAUUCAGAAACUUCUGUGGUCGAAUGAAUCGUGAAUGGGUGAUCGACCGACAACAAGAUGCAAAGGAAUUCUUCGACUUCAUUGUUGAUUGCCUCCACGAGGAUCUGAACGUCAAUUGGGAACGUACGCCACUCCGUCCACUGACGACAGCUGAAGAGAUGCAACGAGAACGUAUGGAAAUUGCACGAGCCAGCCCAAUUGAGUGGAAGCGAUAUGAGCAUCGAGACCACAGUUUUCUGUCGUCACUAUUUGCCGGCCAGCACGCCUCACGCCUACGAUGCUUGACGUGCAAACGCACUUCCACAACCUACGAGGCAUUCUACAGCAUCAGUAUCGAGAUUCCCCGCUCCGGUGCGGGACACAUCUACGACUGUCUUAACAGCUACUGUAGAGAAGAGAAGCUGUCCGAGCUAUGGCGCUGCCCAUAUUGCAAAGGUGAACGCGAAGCUACUAAGCAGAUCAUCCUUACUCGUCUUCCACAAUUUCUUGUCAUCCACUUCAAGCGAUUCGCAGCGAGUAAGCAUGAAAAGGCUAAGAAAAUCCACACGCCCAUCGAGUUUCCUCUCUACGGGCUAAGCAUGGACGAUUUUGUCAUUCCACGGCCGCCGAGUGUCCCGGAUGCAGAAGGACAGGUUGACAUGGCGACAACGCCACCAUAUAGUUACGAUGCAUAUGGCGUGCUUCGGCACCUUGGGAAUAGUGGCGAUGGUGGUCACUAUAUCAGCAUUGUCAAAGAUCAAGGACGCGGUUGUUGGCGUAAAUUCGACGAUGAGCGGCACAUUGACCUGGAUCCGAACAAGCUAUCUCCCCGAGAUCGUUUGCAGAAUUCGGAAGCUUAUAUUGUGUUUUAUCAGCGGGCACAAGCAAGAUAG